AAUUCUGCAUUUUUUUAAAUGAAUUUUGAUGAUUAAGAAAAUUAUAAAACUGAAUUAAAAUUAAUUGAUGGAAAUUUACGAAUGAAAAAUAAUUACAAAUUUUAAUAUACUAUUGAUGAUUAUAGAUUAAAAACAAGCUCUUAUUUAUAUAUUUGGUUAAAAAAUGAAAAAUAGAUUGAAGUAGGGUAUUUACCUUUAUAAAUUUAUAAAAUAGCAACAGGUCCAUUCCAUUAUGAUAUGGAAAUGGAAUGGAAAAAUUUAAAUUAAUAAUAAAGUUAAGUAAAAGUCGGUAGAAUAAGUUUCGAUAUAAAAAUGUUUUAGAAAAUUCAAUUUGAAAUAGAGGCAGAAAAAGUAUCUAUUUUUCUAGAAAAUAAUUAGAAAGAUGAUAAUUAAAAAGAAAAUAAUUAAAAGUACGAAGCAUAUAAUUUUUAAUUUAAAAUAAUAACUUAUAAUAAUGUGUUUAUUAGUGAUCAUUCAGUAAAUUUUUUAAAUAAAGACUUAUCUUUUUUUUAAUAAAUACAAAAUUAAUUAAACUAAAAAUCUUU